GUUGUCAUCCUGCAAGCCGCUGUCACCUCUCUCGUCUCCAUUGCAGAGGCAGCACCUGAGCCCCAGCCCGGCGUUAUCGCCCAGAGGGAUGUGGAGCCACAGAGGCAGUGGACCCUGUGACUGACACGGCCCCUCCAGCCCGCAGCUGAAUGGAAAGACUGCAGAAGCAACCGCUGACCUCCCCCGGGAGCGUCUGUUCCUCCCGCGGGUCCAGCGUCCCCGGAUCGCCCUCCAGCAUCGUGGCCAAAAUGGACAAUGAGGUUCUGGGCUACAAGGACCUGGCCGCCAUCCCCAAGGACAAAGCGAUCCUGGACAUCGAGCGCCCCGACUUGAUGAUCUACGAACCCCAUUUCACCUACUCGCUCAUGGAGCACGUGGAGCUGCCCCGGAGCCGAGAGCGCUCCCUGUCUCCCAAAUCCAUCUCCCCUCCUCCGUCUCCGGAGGUCCUCCGGGAGUGGCUGGGGAGCCUGCCCCCCAGCAGCACCCCGCAGGCCACCUCUCGCCAGGGCAGCAGCUCGGCCCGCAGCAGCGUGCAGCACUUCCACCGACCCGAGACCGACACAACGGAGCUCAACAUAUACAAGAAGCCUCCGAUCUACAGGCAGAAAGAGCACCAUCCCGGCGCCCACCACGGGAAGCAUCUCAUAGAGGACUUGAUCAUCGAAUCCUCCAAGUUCCCAGCGGCCGCCCAGCCCCCAGCCCCCAACCAGCCUGCCAAGAUUGAGACCGACUACUGGCCGUGCCCCCCAUCCCUGGCCGUCGUGGAGACGGAGUGGAGGAGGCGGAUGGCCUCCAAGAGAGGGGAGGAGGAGGAGGAGGACCUGACGGAGGAGAUGAAGAACCUGCGGGAGCUCCAGAGGCAGGAGCUGAGCAAGGUCACCUCCAACCUCGGGAAGCUGAUCCUGAAGGAGGAGAUGGAGAAAUCUCUCCCCAUCCGGAGAAAAACCCGCUCGCUGCCGGACCGGACACCCUUCCACACAUCCCUGCACAUGGGGAGCUACAAGAGCUCCUCGCUGCCCACCUCCGGCAGGAGCACCCUCACCCAGCUGCAGUCGGCAGAGUUCAGCUCGGCAGGCAGCGAUAAGGGCAGUCCGGGCCUGCAGAACGGCCAGCGUGGGCGCAUGGACAGAGGCAAUUCCCUGCCCAGCAUGCUGGAGCAAAAGAUCUACCCCUACGAAAUGUUGAUGGUGACGAACCGAGGCCGUGUGAAGCUGCCACCCGGCGUGGACAGGACCAGGCUGGAGCGGCACCUCUCCCCUGAGGAUUUCCUGCGGGUCUUUGAGAUGCCCCCCGAGGAGUUCAGCAAGCUGGCCCUCUGGAAGCGCAAUGAGCUGAAGAAGAAAGCCUUCCUCUUCUGAGCCCGCCUCGGCCCUGAGCUCAGUCCGUGUCACGCCGUGUAACCGCUUUAGGGCUCUCAGCCGGUUUUUACUAGGAUCCCCCCUUCUCCUCUCCCCCAGCCUUUUUUUCCCCCGGCUCUGCCCCCCGCCUCGCUCCUCCUGUGGGAAAAGGGCUUGGGGGGCUUGAACCUGCCUCUCGCAGCAGGGUGAUGGGGCUGGGGGCAGACCCUGCACCGGAGCAGGCACGGUUCAGCCAGGAGGGGAGGUGUCGGGGGGUCUCUGUGCUUUGUGCCCCCCUCUUCCCCUGGGCAUGCGGGCAGGGGCAGUGCCUGG